AUGAACUCAUCUUCAGAAAAUUCUCCUUCCAGGCGAAGAGGAUCCACCGGCUCACUUCCAGCUUUAGGUCGGAGAGUCAGUGAUGGAUCCGCCAAGACAGUAAGAUGGCUCGGUAAGCAAAUCAAAAGCUUCAAGAAAGACGAUGAUUCCGACUCCGACGAGCUGUGGGGAACAUCGAUUGAGAGACCUUUUGACCUGGAAGAUCCUAACUGUCCAAUUGAGAGAGUUCCUAGCGGAUACGUCCCGCUGCACGAACUAGCUAAUCGAGCCCGCCCUCAGGCGGUGGAGAGACACUGGCACAAGACCUCCUCAUUUUCGCAUGGAGCGAAGAGAGUUACUCGGAAACCGACCAAACUUGACCUCAAAGGAGUCUGCCAACCCUCGAAUGGUGAUGGUCAGGGGACUAGUGAACAACGAGCCCAGCCCUCGGGCAAAAAAUCGAAGGCCCCCUUGGACGACCUACCUCCGAGACCACAAAGCCGGGUCGACCAGUUGAAAUCCACGGCUAGAGGAGAUGUGGUUUCUCCCGCCCCGAAGCCUCGAUCCCCCCGACCAUCCUUUUUCGGCUCCAAGAAGAAAGAACUUUUCCGGGAUAACACCCCUGGAAGCUCUGCUACUUGGUCUGGACCCCGAAUCAGCACGCCGCGCCGCCGUCCCGAUGUUUCUCGCUGGAACGAGAUCUACGAAGCUCCGAAGGAAGAUACCGCAAAGGAAUAA